AAGAUGGGCUGCAGGCGCACAGACUGUCUUGCAAAGCCUCUGUCAGGCCUUUUUGAAAAACUUGGAUCGUGUGUAGGCUCUUAUCCUUUCUUUUUUUUGGUGAUUCCUCUUAUACUCUCGGCAGCACUUGGCGGAGGCUUCACUUUUCUCAAAGACAGGGAGGACAAUGACCUUGAACGGCAAUUCACACCCAGGAAAGGACCGUCGAAGGCAGCGAGAGCUUUUGUCCGGGAAAACUUUCCUAACAAUGACUCAAUGUUUUCAGAAGACAGGCUAUAUGACAAGGGCAACUUUGCAUCCCUCAUUGCUGUGCCGACUAACGGCUCUAAUGUACUAGCAAAUCCUGCCUUUGAGGACAUCCUCAGACUCAACAAUGAGAUACUUAACAUCACUGUGGACUAUGGGAGACUAAGAUUCAAUGAGUUAUGUGUCAAAGCCAAUGGAGAAUGUGUCUCAAAUGUCAUCCUAGAAAUUAUUAGGGCUAAUGAAAUCGACCAAAGCACCAACACCAUCUACCCAGAACAUUCAUACGGAUCCAGCUUGGUCUUUCUGGGUUUUGUGCUAGGUGGAGUUAUUACAGAUGCCAACAGCUCAGUCAUAAGUGCUCAGGCUGUAAAACUCUUCUACUACUUAGAGAGUAAGGAAAGCCUGGCUGAAGCCUCAAAAUUAUGGCUGAGAGCAUUCAAAGCGCUCUUAUCAACUGAGACGGACGACAAAUACAUUGACGUGUCUUACUACACCUCCAAAUCCAAGCAGGAGGAGAUUGACAGUCACACCACAGAUGGCUUCCCUUUAUUCCUCAUCACUUAUACCAGUGCUAUCACCUUAUCGGUGAUAUCCUGCCUGAGAACAGACAACGUGAGGAACAAGAUGUGGGUUGCUGUCUUUGGGGUCCUGUCCUCUGGCCUGGCUAUUCUCUCCUCUUUCGGCUUGCUGCUUUACUUUGGGGUGCCUUUUGUUAUCACAGUUGCAAACUGUCCUUUCCUUAUACUUGGAAUCGGCCUCAACAACAUGUUCAUAAUGGUGUCUGACUGGCAGCACACCAAUGUGAAUGACCCAGUGCCGAAACGGAUGGCUCACUCUUAUAAAGAAGCUAUCAUGUCCAUCACCAUCACCGCCCUGACCGACGUCUUCAAGUUCUUCAUAGGCUAUAUGUCCGACUUCCCAUCAGUGCAGUCGUUCUGCCUGUACACCGGCACCUCCAUCAUAUUCUGUUACAUCUACACAAUCACCUUCUUUGGAGCCUUCCUCGCUCUGAACGGGAAGAGAGAAGCCAGCAACAGGCACUGGCUGACCUGCAUGAAAAUACCAUCAGACAAUUCUCCCUCUCAUCCUAAGAUUUAUAACAUCUGCUGUGUUGGAGGGGGCUAUGAUAAGUACACUGGUGCAGAAAAGAAGCAACCAGCGAGUAAUUUCUUCAAGGUUUACUUUGGCCCAUUUUUGAACAAACCAUGGGUCAAGGGAGGUGUAAUCUUCCUGUAUGUGGUAUAUCUAGCUGCUAGUAUUUAUGGAUGCACCCAAGUACAACAGGGGAUUGAGCUUCAUGAUCUGGCAGAAGAUAACUCCCAUGUCACAAGAUUUAAUUUGAAGGAUAGGGAGUAUUUUACUGAUUACGGUCCAAAUGUGAUGGUUAUUGUAAGUGAGGAAUUCCCAUAUUGGGAUAAAACCAAGAGAAACCAACUUCUGGCAUGCAUUGAUGACUUUAAAAUGCUUCCUUUUGUAGAUGAGGAUGUCUCUAUAUCUUGGUUGCACUCUUACUUGUCAUAUGGACAAGAAAGACAUUUAAACCUUGAUGAUAAAGAGUUUUUUCUCAAAAACCUUACUGAAUUUUUUGAUGUAUUUCCUUUUUUCAAACAAGAUGUGAACCUCACUGGAAAUGCCAUUUACGCAUCCCGGUUUUUCAUUCAGACUGUUAAUAUGACCAACUCCAUUAUGGAAAUGCAAAUGCUUGAAGGUCUUAAAACCACCGCAGGAAGAUGCCGUGCCACGUCUUUAUUGUUCUAUAACAGAGCAUUCAUCUUCCUUGACCAGUACGGUGUAGUAGUCAGUAGCACGAUUAAGAACGUCAGCGUGUUCACAGCUGUGAUGCUGGUCAUCUCUCUGCUGCUGAUUCCAAACCCCCUCUACUCAUUAUGGGUGUCUCUUUCGAUCGGCUCAGUGACGGCAGGGGUGACUGGUUUCAUGGCGCUAUGGAAUGUCUCUCUUGAUUCCAUAUCCAUGAUCGUUUUUACGGUCUGCAUUGGCUUCACUGUCGAUUUCUCUGCUCACGUGGCUUAUGCAUUCGUCUCCAGCAAGAAAUCCAACCCUGACGACAAGGCGGUGGAAGCGCUCUCCAAUCUAGGCUAUCCAAUACUUCAAGGUGCCUUGUCCACCAUAUUGGGAGUGACAGCGUUGGCUGUAUCUACUUUUCACACCUUCAGAACCUUUUUUAAGAUUUUUUUUCUGGUCAUGUUAUUUGGGAUGGUUCACGGCAUCAUUUUCACUCCAGUAAUUCUGACGUUAUUUACAUGUAGAUCAGAGAAAAAUGUAAAAGAAUGUAAAAACGAGACUUUUCAUGUCAGCAAAUUAUGA